AUGAAUAAAGAACCCCCAACAACAUCGAUAAUUGCAUGCCAAAUACUUACCAAUGAGAUGGUAUGCCCUUUCAAAUCUGAAUACGCAAAGAUCCAUAUCUGGAAUCCAUCGAAACAUUUGAAGAACGGAGGCGGGCGCACUUCCUAUCCACUCCAGGAAGAUACGGACGUUUCAAUCGAUGGUUUUAACAUACGAGUAAAGCAUGGAAAUAUUUCCAUUCGGAAACGACCUUCUGACUGUGAUGAAGAGGGUGACUAUCCAAUCCAGCUCAGUGGUGUGAACAACACAGAGAUAACACAGAACAAAUUAUCCGUAAAAGUUAAAGAUGACAGCGAUGUUAUGCAUCUGGACAUAACUCCAUUUACAAAUGCAUCUGAUGCCAAAAACUAUACCCAAAUCGUCUGUACAGGACACCAUCAAUGUGGAACUGUAGUGGUAGAUCUUCAGCUGCAAAUACAAGGCUUCGGUACAUACUAUCAGCCAAUGGAAUGUUCUCGGACCAACCCUGACGGGAAAAUCCUGGACAACUACGGAUAUGCAUGUACUCAUAUAAUGACAACAGAAAUAUUUAAUCGCAUAGAAAAUCUAACAUGCAAGCCAACAGUGGAAUCGCUAGAAGGCACGAAGACUCAUUCUAUUGCUCAACAAUCCAUUGAUGUCAUCAGUGCUACUCGGUACAAGUUUGAACUAGAUCAAGGCAAACCUUCAACAUUAAAGUGGAACGUGAAUAUACCCCCAUUAACAAACAUUAGUCUUCUUCAAACGGAAAACAACGGUGUUAUUCACCAAAACGAGUCUGUCCAACACGAACGAGUACAACUAUUCAUAAGAAUUGAAUAUCAUGUUGCUAAAUUGCAAGUGAGCUUCAAUCCAGUCACAUGCAUUGACAAUGGAACUCUGGAACUACAUUUUCAAAAUGGUGACAAACAACGCAAAGAAAUCGAAGUAAAUGGAAUGUCGACUUUUAAAGCAUGCCCUGAGUAUUUGAAAGUUUCCGUUGGUGAUGAGCUUAAACUGAGCUUUCUAUCUUGCGUGCCCGAUGAUGUGAGUAGAUACACUUUGGAUCUUUACGGGAUACAUAACAGAAGCGGAUUCUUUCUGCGUGAUCAAGCUAUUUCUAUUGAUGACCAUUCUGGAAAUUUUCUAGGGUACCUGUCUCUCAAUGAGUUAUCGGUGAAUUACACAAAACGCCUACCGAUCACAUGUGCUGACCAUGAGAAGGCAUUCAAAAUGUCACUGCAAACAAUAACAGGAAAAACCAUACGACACUUCACGUCUCUCACGAUUGUCAACGCGGACAGGGGACGAUAUGAAAGCUUUACAACUGGAGGAGAUUUCCGAGAACACCUCCCAGCAGUUGUCUAUCAGCGGCUUCAUUUGGGAUGCAGACCGGGAAACCUGCAACUAUACGUAAACGGAUCCUUCCUGAAUGGUCCAUAUCGUUUAACAGAGGCCACUUACUCUGGAGAGAAAAUUUUCAAUGAAUCAUUUACGUUCCCAAACCUUACCAUGGCAGAUCAUGGAACGACAGUGUCUUUGCAUGUCAGUUUUAUAGACGACGAAGGAUCCCCCCGAUAUCUCAGUAGCACACAAGAGAUUCGUGUCCUACCAGAUACAUUUUGCAAGGGAAGACAACAUGGUUGCAACUUUAACCAUCCAUACAACGCCAACAUGUAUGUAGCAUGUGGUGAAGGACUUAUUGCGGAUUUGCUGAAAUGUCCGUAUGAGUUAGUGUUCGUCGAGUCUAACUGUGAGGGACAGUGUUGUCCCCAGGAUGAAACAACCAACUGCCGACGACCCUAA